CUGUUUAUAAUUUGAAAAUGUUAACCGCCAACUUGCUAUCCAAACUGUUACUGUUUAGUGCAUAAGAUUUUAUGUAACACGCUAUUAAUUAAAACAAUUAUAUUUUUACUUUUGACUUUUAUACCAUCGAUUUACUUUCUAUUUUCAGUGUCUAAACUACCAAAAUAUCUUAUUAAACAAGCAUCUACUGUUGGAGAUCUUCCGUUACAUAAUUUUGACUCAAUCUGCCUGGUGUUUUGGUUAUGAAAAUUGGUUUUCAUUUUUUUGUGUUUCAAAUAUGUCUGGAUCAAAUUUAUUAAAGCCAUUGGAACGACAAUUACAAAUAGCUUUCCCUGAACUACGUGAUCAGCGAGCUCAACGAGCAGCCUCAGCCAUCCAGCAAGCCUGGAAACUUUACAAAAACCGAAAAAGGAAACGUUUGACUGCAGCGUUAGCUAAAUCAAAAUGCAACUGUACUCUAUGUUAUUUCCGUGACCUUUGUAAACGACAUCGACUUUUGUAUCUCAAUAGAUGUGCUACACUUAUCCAAGCCACAUGGUUAGGCCAUCAUACUCGGAAAGUAGCUCUUCGAGAUCGGGAUUUUCGCCUAAUAUAUCGAGCUUUACAAACAGCCAAUGCCUCAGCAACUGAAGAAACUAAAUUAGGAUAUCGAUUCCAGACUGCUUUGACCAAGUUGUCCAACAACUCUCGAGGAAUACACAUUGAAGGUGAUUUGUGCACCAUGGAGAUCGUUACUCGAUUGUCACCUGAAUGUUGUCUUAAAGCCGCCCAAUCGAAUGUAAUCAACAUGAUGAUACAUAUUCUUAAUGAAGCAAAUCGAAGUGAAGCUCAUAAACCAAGAAUUAUCUCAUCAAUCAGCAUUCUCGUUAAUAUCGCCAAGUUUUCAAAGUGUUCCAAGUAUAUCAACGACGGAGAAGUUAUAGCAAACGUUUGUCUCAAAAUGAUCAAAAUACACAAAAAAAGUGAUAAAAUAUUACUCGGAUGUGCGACUCUUUUAGUCUUAAUUUUGAGAAGCGCAAAGCUUAAAGAGAUCAUCACAAAAGACUCGAUGAACCGGUUCACAAUAAGCAGUAUAGUGGUGAAUAAACCGAAUGAUGGAAAAGCUACAGAUUUGUUAAAAAUGAUCAAAGGAAAUGCCUUAAAAUUCGAACCUUAUUGGAACUUAAAGAAAGGAGUUAAGCACCAAUUCACUGAUAGAGUAACUGCGUUGACAUAUUUGGGCAUUUUAUUUGGCUCAUGAAACUUUUGCAUGCUCAAUCAUCUUUAUCAAUCUGGAAGCGUUUUGUAAAUAUUCUAUCGAAUUUAAUUCCUGAUUUUCUCCUUUUUCCAUUCCCUGAUUUUCAUUUUACUAGAGGUAAUUACCAUGAAAUAGCAUUAAAUCAUUAUUGUAUACUUGCAAGCGAAA